CGACGGCCGAUCUCUGCCGAGCGCGGUCGAGACGCAGCGACGCGAACAACGCGUAGCGAACGACGCGGUGCCCUCUCCGGCUUCGGUUGAAACAGCGUUCGCGUCCACGGGCGCGGCUUUGCGUCUCGAGCUGGCGUUUUCCGCGGUAAAAUGUCCUCCCUCGACUAUCUCGACUUGUGUCGAUUGUGUCUCGUGAAGGACCGCGUCUCCGUGCCGAUUUUCGAAGGCGAGGGCGACGUACGGCAGAUUUAUUUCAAGAUCGCAGCCUGCCUGCCGGUCAAGGUUGCUAGGGAAGACAAAUUACCUAAAAAGUUAUGCAACGACUGUGUGUAUAAAGUAGAAUUAUGUUAUCAAUUUUGGAAUACGACGGCGAAUGCGGAGAAGCAGUUGCUGCAAUGGCUCGGCGAGGUGAAUAUGGAAGACAAGCAGGGUUAUGUCGGCGCUGUUCACAAUCCGAACGACAUGAAACCAGAACAGAGCAACGAGAACAGGUUAGAUGGUACUGUGAUGCAACAAGUAAGCGAACAUCAGAAUACCACCAUGAAUAUUGGCAUGAUGGACAAUAUGGGUAUGGGUAUGCCGAUGAUGAUGAGCAAUGCUCAGCAACAAAUAACCUCAGUUCCUAUGGACAACAGUGGUAGCUCCGUACAGAAUGUCCAGCCAGUUGCUGGACCGAGUACGCAAACGACACAUGACCAAAUUGCACAGAAUCAAACGGACGCGCCUACGCAACAGGAGGAUGAAGAGGAAAGUAGUGAAGAGGAGGACAACUCGGACGACGAGUGCGAGGGAGAUGAAGGCCUACCUAUAAAAGAAGAGGGUGAAGAGGACCCUAACAAUAGCAGAACUAUUGAGCCUACUACCUUUGUAAAUGUUUCCUUGGCGUGCGACGAAGCAGGACCUUCCGGGCUUCAGCAAAAAAUUGCUGACAUGCCAGAGAUGGUGAUGCCGCAGGCAGCAGACGUGGAUCCGAAAACUGGGAGGCCAGCGGUGAGCGUUCUCAUUGACGCAGUAACGAAAGAAGAAACUCGUGGGAAAGCACCCAUCGCUGAAUGCAAGCAAGAAAGAAAGUUCCAAGAAAAGGAUCAUAUACGUAUUUCGCUCGUCUGCGACGCUUGUCCUAAACGCUUCAAGAACAGGUAUUUGCUGAAGCGGCACAGACUCACGCACACGGAAAUUGAGCCGCGAACGGUGGAACUGAGCGUGAAGAAGAGCACCACGUUCACCGAUACGGUGCCGCGGAAUCAGGAGGCGCUCUCAUGUGUGGCAUGUGACUUUCGAUGCAACAAGAGAUCCACGAUGAUCGCGCAUCUGGCUGAGAAGCACGAGGGAGGCACCGUGGACGAUGAUAACUGUGCUGCGAGCGGCAAGCGCAAGCAAGAGUUCACGUGCAUUGUCUGCGGCCUGGUGUGCGCCCGCAAGGAAACCCUGCGCUCGCACUUUGUGCGCAAACACACGCAGCACUAUGACUAUUCGUGCGAGUACUGCGGCAAGGAGUUCAAGAUCAAGGGUGACCUUACCACGCACACUAGGCUCAAUCAUCGGGAGUCUCCGGUGAUGUGCGACGUGUGCGGCAAGACGUGCCGCAACAGUCACAGCCUGUACACGCAUCAGAAGCACGCGCACUAUAAGGCGAAGUACGAGUGUCCGCGGUGCCACCGACGGCUCGUCACGCAGGAGAAUCUGGACCAGCAUGUGCUGACGCAGCACGAGAGAAAGGAGAAAUCAGUGUGCGAGGAGUGUGGCAAGACCUUCUUCGAGAACUAUGACCUAAGGAAGCACAUGAGGAUCCACACCGGCGAUAAGCCAUACGAUUGUAAGGUGUGCGGUAGAGCGUUCGCCAGGCACAGCAGUCUCAGCCAGCAUCUCCUUCUGCACACCGGUGAACGUAUCUAUGGAUGCGACGUGUGCGGCAAGUCCUUCGCGCAGAAGGCUGGCCUGAUUUGCCACCGGAAGAUCCAUUCGGGUGCAUACAAUUCUCGUGGUAUUUUCAUCUUUGAUAAAGAAUCCGUGGUAAUGAAGAAAUGGCAGAUUAUGGAAUUAAAUGGCAGAUCAUAUUACGCGUUUGUGCCUGAAGAUGAUACGUCUUUGUUGGACGAAAGCUUAUCAGGUCACCUGGAGGAGCAAAUGGAGGAGCGACUGGAAGAAGAUUUGGAGGAGCCAGUAGAAGAGGAGCAUUUAGAGGAAAUGAAGGAGGACGAUGUAACCGAAAUGAAGGAGGAACUAUUUGAAGAGGAGGGUUCGCAGUAUGAUUCUAUGGAGGAAAGACUGUAUGAGGACGAUGAGGACGAGAACAUCUUUAACGGCAAUUUCGAGGAGCAGGACGAAACAGAUGAGAAACCGAUUACCCUCAAUGGAAUCAGCGAAGCGACAGACGACAAGGCUGUAUCAGGUGAUCUGUACCAGGUGAAGGUACAGGGCAGCAUGGUGACGAUCGAAAAGCUCUCGUCUGCGGAGUUGGAUGUGAAGACGAAUGAGUACCAGACGGAGGACGCGUACAAUGAUGAUGAGGGAGAGAUCGAGUACCUUGAGGAAGAAAUGUUAGACUCUCCCAGCGAUAACGUGGUGGUGACGAAAGCGCCUGUGAAGAAUCCAAGCGGAGUCUUGAAGUGUAGAGUAUGCUCGGAAGUAUUCGAUUCAUCUAUAGCCUUUAGGAAACACGUAGCGUGGACGCACAAAAAGAAAGUGUGUAUCAAGGAGGACGGUGCCUACAUAUGCGCCGUGUGCGAUUACAGAACUCUGAAGAAGAGUUCGUUUGCCGUGCAUCUGGAGAGGAAACAUGAGACUUGGUCCAGGAAACGGUCUAGCAAUACGAUGUUCCCGUGUGCGGCUUGCGGAUUCGUUUGCCGGUCGAAACAUUCGUUGCAGUCGCAUUUCAUCAGGAAGCACACAGACCGAUACGAGCACCAAUGUGACUUCUGCCCAAAGAAAUUCAAGGUCAAGGGUGACCUGACAAAUCACAUACGAUUCCACCACAAGGAGAAACCCGUUAAAUGCAACGUGUGCGGCAAACUAUGCCUGAACAGCGGCUCACUAUACGUACACCAGAAAUGGGCGCAUUACAAACCGAAGUACGAGUGUCAUAUCUGCAAGAGACGCAUGGUCACGCAGGAGAACCUGGAUCAACAUCUACUGACGCAGCACGAGAAGCAUGAGAAGAUAGUCUGCGCCGAGUGCGGUAAGACAUUCACGAAGAAGGAUUCCUUCAAGAGGCACAUGGUAGUCCACACGGGAUGCAAGCCACACUCUUGUAUGAUCUGCAAGAAGCCCUUCGCCAGACGAUCGCAGCUGCGCCAACAUUUGCUAAUCCACACCGGCAAGCGACCAUUCGAGUGCGACAUUUGCGGCAAGGCGUUCACGCAGAAGCCAGGCUUGAUCUGCCACAGAAAGACUCAUCCUGGUCCUCAUCCACCGUUACCCGUUAUGCCGAUCGCAGACAUCGUAAAAGAAUUCACUGACGGAUACUUACAGGAGAUAAACGCGCGAAAUAAAGAGGAUAAUAUUGAAGAUAUUGAAGAAGCAGUUGCAGAUCCGUUGAAAGUCGAAUUCAGUGUCGUUCAGAAAUCAUUCGCCAAAAACGAAUGCGAACGGACGAGAAGGAAGAAACUGUCGAUGGAUCACGAGGAACGAAUAAUGGGACAGAUAAACGCAGACUUAACGGCCAGGGAAUCCAAUCCGCGACUUGCCGAAGGGAAUCGGGCGACGAGGAGGAAAGCGAUGUGCGUGGAAUGCGAUCAUUGUCGCCGCAAGUUCCCGAAGAAGAGCAAUCUCGUGGAGCACCUGAAGCAACACAGGCACAAGUGCACCGACUGCCCGAGGACUUUCAGCUUACGGCGUUACCUGGCUGCCCACGUCGAGAAGAAUCACCGGCAGCAAGUGUACGAGUGCAGCGUGUGCAAGUACAAGAGCAACAACAAGGGUACCCUGAAGAACCACUAUAUCCGACUGCAUACGAGCAACUACGACUACGCAUGUGACACCUGCGGCAAACAGUUCAAGAUCAAGAAGGCCCUGAAUCAUCACGUGAAGCAGAACCACAGCGGCGCGCCGCCGAUAGUGUGCGACGUGUGCGGCCACUUCAGCAAGAACCUCCAUGCGCUGAAGGCGCACAUGAAGUACAGGCACUACAAGCCAGAGUUCGUCUGUCGGAUAUGCCGGCGGGGUAUGACCACGCAGGAGAAUCUGGAGCAGCAUCUCACGUGGCACGAGACCAGGGAGAAGGUGCUCUGUCCUACCUGCGGCAAGAGAUUUCGCGGACGCGAUCUCGACUCGCACAUGAGAGUGCAUACUGGGGUAAAGCCGUUCCCGUGUCCCGUAUGCGGCAAAACGUUCCGACGACAAACGGCUCAGGAGCAACACGUGCUGAUCCACACCGGCAAGAGACCUUAUAUCUGCGAUAUCUGCGGCCAGGCGUUCGCCCAGAAACCCGGUUUGAUCUGCCACAGGAAGAGACAUCCGGGUCCGCUGCCUCCGUUACCAGUGGUCUCCAUCAAGAACAUUGUCACGGAAUUUACGAGAGAUGACUCAUCUGUGGAUCCUCUGAACGUCGUGGAUACCAGUAAUUCAGAACACUCGCUGAUUGAGAGUAUAGAAUGCACACCCGAGUACAACUCGUUACCGAAUAGAAUCAAACGACACAUUGUGAAGAAAAGAAACCUAUCGAAGCAGGAGAAUCAUUGUACGAAGAAAGACACCAGAAAGCAGAGAUUCAAUCAGACCAGAGUUGAGAGGAGAAAAUCGGAGCUCAUGUUGGAAUGCGCUACGUGCGGGAAGCGUUUUAGCCAGAAGGCUACCAUGAUAAAGCACAUGAACCAGCACAAGUAUCAGUGCCAAAGCUGCUGCCAGAGUUUUAGUCUGAAGCGGGAUCUGAAACGCCACGUUGAGAAGGCCCACGGACCUCUGCUUUAUCCUUGCAGCAUCUGCGAGUACAAGAGCAACAACAAAUGCACCCUGAAGGACCACUUCAUACGGAAGCACACCAGCGGCUUUCAGUAUUCCUGCACGGUCUGCAAGAAGCAGUUCAAGAUCAAGAACGACCUGAAGCAGCACACGAAUCAGGUGCACAGCGGCGAACCACCCAUCAUUUGUAGUAUCUGCGGCCACGCCUGCAAGAACGUGCCCGCCAUAAAGGCGCACAUGAAGUACCGUCACUACAAGCCGGCCUACGAGUGCAAAAUAUGCAAGCGUGGUCUGACCACGCAGGAAAAUCUCGACCAGCAUCUAAUCUGGCAUGAACGCAAGGAGAAGGUCGUCUGUCCCACUUGCGGCAAGACCUUCGGUCAAAAGCGGGACCUGGACCUUCAUCUGAGAAUCCAUCAGGGUAUCCGGCCAUUCUCCUGUCCGGUCUGCGGCAAGACCUUCCCGCGGAAGACCGCGCAGGAGCAACACAUAUUGAUUCACACCGGCAAGAGGCCGUACAUCUGCGACAUAUGUGGGCAAACCUUUGCACAAAAACCUGGUCUCAUCUGUCACAGGAAGAGGCAUCCUGGUCCAUUGCCGCCGUUACCUGUAGUAUCCAUUAAGAAGAUAAUCAUGGACUUUACUUCUCCUUAUUCCAGGCAACGAAGAGGCAAGUCGCGCACGGAGCACCAAUGCGUGAUGUGCGGGGCCUGCUUCCGUCAUACGCGAAAGCUCGUGGAGCACUUGAAGAACUUGCACAACAUCGACCGAGCCUUCAGCUGCAAUGAGUGCAACAAGACCUUCCGCAGCCCGAUGAACAUAGCUCGCCACAAGCUGAUCCAUACGGGGCUGAAGAUGUUCACCUGCGAUCUCUGCGAGUACAGCACCAACCAGAAGUCCAAUCUGGAGUGCCAUCGUCGUCGACACGCGAAAGAUUAUAGCUUCAAGUGCGAAACGUGCGGCAAGGGCUUCUUCCACAAGAUUGAGUACCUCGAGCAUCAGAGCGCGCACACGAGCAAGAAUCUCUAUCGUUGCGAGCACUGCCGCAAGUGUUAUCUGUACAAGAAGAAUCUGUCGGUGCACCUGAUGGCACACCACGCGGACCAGCAGACCAGCAGCGCGAGGCACGCGAAGACCAAGCACGUGUGCAGUUUCUGCCCGGAGAGAUUCGUGUACAAGCGACUGCUGAAGAAGCACAUGAAGAAUCAGCAUGGAUUCGCGGACAAGGCCCCGACGAAGCACCUGUGCGACCUGUGCGGCGCGGUACUGUCCUCCAAGAGACGAUUACUGGCGCAUAAGCGUGGCCACGCGGGCGAGAAGAUCUUCAAGUGCGACGUGUGCAACAAGGCGUUCAUCAGCAAGGAAAAUCUGAGCGUUCACAAGCGCACGCACACAGGCGAGAAGCCGCACGUGUGCCCACAGUGCGACAGGAACUUCACGCAGAGGACGUCGCUGGUCCUGCACUUGCGAUAUCACUCGGGCCAGAGACCUUAUCAGUGUCCAGAUUGCGGCAAAGGUUUCGUGUCCAAUACUCUGAUGAAGAGACACCGCAAGGUGCACGAGAAAACCAUGCUGCAAAAAACGUGAGGCCUCGGCGAGGCGACCUGACUUUCAUUCUUCAUCCUGUUAAGAUUGCUCUGUUGAUUGCGACUGUCAUAUUUUAUAAUAAAACGGUGUAAAAGUGGA